CAACGCACGACUCUGCAGUUCAACAUUUAGACUCCACUUUGACAGAAGUGAUCAUAUCUGUCGAGUGAGUAACUGUUUAAGGAUCCUUUGAUUAAAGGACUCAUCAAAAUGUUGGAAGCGUCAAUGACAUGGAUCCUUUUGACGAUAUUCCUCGCGGCUGGUAACGUCUCCUCUGCCGAGGUGUUUCCCGGCGACGUCUGCUACGCUGGUGAGACACCAAAUGUGUCCGAUUCUCUGGCCAAGCUACCAAGUAGUUGUUGUCAGGAAAUGACUACUAAUGAGUGUGCUGCUGCCCACAACGGCCAAUGCAUGUUCAAAUGGCUGACGGGACCGUGUGAUUAUACCGCCGACGUUUGCACUUCUUCCUGGUUCUGCACUUGCUGUGGAUCAUGUACGGAAGUGAACACCAAUAGCCAAUGUAAAAUGUCAGGAGGACGAUGCUCCAAAACGUGCAACCCCACCGAAUACCACGCUGGGUGGAUCCCUUGUCAUAGUGGAUGCUGCAAGUGUUGUAUGAACAAAUGCGAUGAAAAAACCUGCGUCAAUGGCAUAGGAUAUUGUUCUCCCGACGGAAAAUGCAACACCGGAUAUUACCCCAGUACAAGUGAAUUCUGCAAAGGCUUCGGUUGUACUUGUUGUGUCCCUUGUGGUGAUAGUAAAUUUUGCGCCAUGAAUCAAGGAUUCUGUGAGUGGAACCAAAGAGAGUGUCCUGUCGGAUACCUAUCUGCGAGCGGCCCGUGCUGUCCUGACCGCAAUUGCAGAUGCUGCUACCAAGGGAAACUCACUGCUACACCAUUGGAGUGUGCUGCUGUUUAACUAAUAAGAAGAGACACGAACGAACAACAGCACCAACAACGGCGGCGCAACAACAGGAAAUGAGUCAAAGCAAAAGAAGCUACAUUGCCAUGAAUUCGUUUUACUGUCAUGUUUUCCUCAUUGGCACAUUGAAUCUUCCUUCAUGAA